AGGCAGCCCACGGCGCGCGGGCGGCUCACCUUCGAGCGCGGCGCUAGUGCGCGCGCUCGAGCGCGCGCCUUCGUCCACCACCACCGCGUGCGAGGCUACCCGCGGCCGCCGCCAUGGCUGCGGGUGCCUGGUCGGCUGGAGCGGUGCCCGCGGCUGCGCGACCGAGGCGGGCGCUGCUGGCGGCGCUCGCCACGGCGUGCGCGUGGGUGCCGCCCGCCGCGGGCGCGGGCGGGGACGCGCUCUUUGCGCUGGCGGGCAGCAGGGAGCUGGGCGACGUGACCUGCGACAUGGACACGGUGCAGGGCGCCAACAUCCACCAGCUGCACCCGAUCCUGCACGACCUGGUGAAUACCACGUUCUUCAGGCUCUUUCGCGUAUCCGUGGUUCCCGCGUGCCCCUUCUGGCAGAAGGCCUCAGCGGAGGAGGAGGACGAGCACGCGGGCGGUGCCACCUGCAGCGGCGGUGGUCUGGGCUUCGGCGCUCCUGGAGCGUUCACGUUCGGUGCCAGUGCCACGGAAGCCCCCGAUGUGCCUUGCGGCAUCGACUCCGAGGAGCCAGCCAUCGACGCUGGCGGCGGCGAUCCGGAACUCGAUAUGUCCAUGACCGCGGCUGAGCAGAUCGCCUCCAGCACCCGCGACAACUUGAGCGAAUCGGAGUGCGAGUUCGAGGAGGACUUGCCAAGUUACUGGAUGGACAUGACCUCCUGCGACAGCGCCAAGGGCGGGGAGCUGGAGGAUGUAAAUCUCAUCAAGAACCCCGAGCGGAACACUGGGUACAACGGCUCCCACAUCUGGGAGGCCAUGUACCAGGAGAAUUGUUUCGAGGUGGGAAGCUCCCUGCCACGGGGACGCUUCGCGACCACGCACGAGGACAGCGGCAUGUGCUACGAGGAGCGGGUGCUGUACCGGCUGCUGAGCGGCUGGCACGCGUCCACUACUCUGUCCGUGGUGAAGAGUUUCUACGCCCCGGGCACCAAGGAGAAAGGCGCCUGGGCCCCGAACCUGGACCGCUUCAUGACAGACAUCGGCCAGCACCCAGAGAGGGUCAAGAACCUCCAUUUCUCCUUCGUCGUGAUGCUGAGGGCCGUCAAAAAGGCCGCCCCCUUUCUGCAGACGUACCCGUAUGCCACUGGCAGCAUGAAUGACGACAACCAGACGAAGAGCCUCGUGAACCGGCUCCUGGAUUCGCAGGUGCUCUCCUUAUGUUCCCCGCUCUUCGACGCCUUCGACGAGACCCGGCUCUUCGGGGAAGGCGCCUCGUCCCAGCAAAGGAGCCAGUUGAAGCGGCAGUUCAAGUCCGUCUUCAAGAAUAUCACAGUGCUGGUCGAUUGUGUACAGUGCCAGCGGUGCCGCCUCCACGCGAAGGUUUUCUCCCUCGGCCUUGGCUCCGCGCUGAAGAUCCUGCUGACGCCCCCGCACCUCAUUGCCAUGAGCACCACGCGGGACGAGGUGGUCGCCAUGGUCCACACGCUCUGGAAGUUGUCCGAGGCGAUGGAGGACGCCCGGGUUCUCACCGAGCGCUAUUACCAAGAGCGCGAGGCCAGCACGCGGCCCAGUCCCAGUCAGGGAGCGGCGGCGCCAGCGCCUGCCGCCCCGCCGCGCGUGGCUGCGCCGCCGCCGCCGCCCGCGGGCAGCGUGGGGGCCGGGUCGCGCCUCGAGCUGCUGGACGCCGCGCUUGGGGCGGUACGCGCGGCAGCACACGCUGGGGCGCUGUCGGCUGCCGAGGAGUUCGAGGUGCUCCGGUCACUGGUCGUGCGCCCAGCGAGCGACGAGGUGCUGUUGCUCGCAAGGCACUACGCCGCCGCGCGCCCGGAACUCUUCGUGGCCCUCGCCCGGGAGGCCGCGGCUGCCGCGCCAGCAGCCGCAGCGCUGCCCGCAGGUCCGCUGGGGUCUCCCGAGAAUCCAGCGGACGCGGUGGUGGUGGGCGGGGGUCUCGCCGGUAUGGUGGCGACCCUGACGCUGCUAGACCGCGGUGCGCGGGUGGUGCUGGUGGACAAGCAGCCCUAUUUGGGAGGCAACUCUGGGAAGGCGUCCUCGGGCAUCAACGCCGCGAUCGACACCUCCGUGGAGUCGCUCGUCAGCGAUACCACGAGGAGCGCCGGGUCGCUGGUGAGGGAGGUGCUGAUAGAGAAGCUUGCGAAGGACUCUGCGGCCGCAGUCUCGUGGUUGAGAGAUCGCACGGGUGUCGACCUUUCCAUGCGGUCCCAGCUCGGCGGCCACACCGCCAAGCGCACGUUGCGGCCCUCGAACGCCUUCGUGGGUGCCGAGAUCACCUUCGCGGCUGGGGAGAUCCUGAAGAAGGCCGCCGCGGAGUCGCCAGGGCAUCUCCGCAUGCUCUCCAAGGCCAAGCUGACCCGUGCUGCCCAGGGGGGCCAUGGCUGGCGUGCUACCGUGGAGACGAACGGCACAGAGGCUGUGAUCGAGGGAGCCGCUCUCAUCAUCGCCUCGGGCGGCUUCGGGCACGACUCCAAGGAGGCGGAGAGCCUCCUGCUCCUGCACCGGCCCGACCUCGCCGACUUCCCCACGACCCUGGGGGCUCAGACCACGGGCGACGGCGUAAAGAUCGCGAGGGACCUGGGCGCGCGCCUCGUGGACAUGGACAGGGUGCAGCUGCACCCGACGGGCUUUGUGGACCCGCAGAAGCCCCAGGAGACCACCAAGACACUGGGCGCGGAACUGUUGCGCGGCGUGGGGGGGCUGCUGCUUGACAGGCAUGGCAGGAGGUUCACGGACGAGCUGGGCACCCGGCAAGCCGUUGUCGACGCGGAGUUGGAGGCCGCCAAGGCGGGGCUGGACCUCGCAGCGCCGCAUCCGGCCCGGACGUUUUCCAUCGUGCUGAACGGGAAGGCGGCGCGGAUGGCAGACCGCCACGCGACUCUCUACAGCCACAAGGGACUGCUGGUGAGGGUGCAGGGCAUCGACGGCCUGGCGGGGAGGCUCGGCGUGCCCGCCAGCAACCUGCGCGAGACCUUCGCGGAGUACAACGCCGCGGCCGAGGCGGGCCGCGACCGCUUUGGCCGCACCGUGUUCCCAGAGGGCCACUGGCCGGUCGAGCCGGACGAGGACUUCUACGUGGGGCAGAUCACCCCGGUGAUCCACUACACGAUGGGCGGCAUCGCCAUCGACGCCGAGGCCCGCGUGCUCCGAGAUGCGGACGGUGCCCCCAUGCCCGGGCUCUACGCCAUCGGCGAGGCCAGCGGCGGGGUGCACGGGAACAACCGCCUGGCGGGCAACUCGCUGCUCGAGUGCACCGUCUUCGGCCGCCAGGUGGGCCUGUCGCUGCCCAUCGCCUCGGCGGGCGCGCCCCCGCAGCCAGCGCCCGGGGGCAGCCGGGAACCGCCGGCGGCCCCCGCCGAGGAGCCGGCGCCCGCGCAGCCGGAGCAGGCGGGCUCGCGGCAGAUUACGCGGGAGGAGCUGAGUCGGCACGCCGGCAGGGAGAAGGGCAAUUGGGUUGCUCUGUACGGCAAGGUGUACGAGCUCGCAGAUUACGUGGAAGAGCACCCUGGCGGCGAGGAGGCGAUCACGGACGUGGCGGGCAUUGACGGGACAGAAAAAUUCGCCGCCGUGCACAACAAGGAGCUCUUGGAGUCCAUGGGGUUCACUCCCCUGGGAGUCCUCGUCGACUGACUCCCUCACGCGGGCUCGCGGCCUGACCAGACGUGGCCGCGUCCGCCCAGCAUGGUGUGCCGAGCCCUCAGCAGGGCCGGCCCGUAGUAUCGCCCCCGCCGCGUCGGCCGGUGGCGCCAUGGUGGCACAGGCCAUGGUCGCCCCCCGUUUUCCUCUCGCGGCUGUCGCCGCGAUCUCCUUGCAUGACGUGCCGCAGCCUUCACGGCGACUCGCCUGCACGCUCCGGCUAUCAAAGCCAGCCCCCCCCCGUCGGACUGCUCCCGCGUUGCCCCGAUUCCCCCCCGGCCCUGGCUCUUGUUCCGCAGAAUUGCUAGGAUUUUUCCGCCACCUCCACCUGAUGUGCCCGCCGACCCCAGGGAAGCCAAUAGUGUUCGCAGAGGCGGCGGGACGAAAGACCCUGACAUCAGCGCUGCCCGCCAGUGUCAGAGCACGAAAAUAGAA